AGAUGACCUUUCGGUCAGUGCAUCCAAAACGGUGCAAGAAUCUUGUCUGAUGAGAUAUUUUAUUGAAGAGCUCUCUCCUUUGUUUGACCAUUGUGACGAGCGUAGGAAUUUUCAAUUAGAGGUGCCGCGCCGUGCUCACCACUGUCCAACUCUUCGAAAUGCGAUCUCUGCAGUGGCUGCACACCAUUUAGGCCGUCUUCUGUAG